AAAUUUGGUGUACCAACAUAACAUAACAUAUACGUAUAUAAUAAGCAGUCGAUCCCGUAAUGUCAUGAUUAUAAUACUUCACCAUCAAGGCAAUUGGAAGGGAGCUGAACUAUAGAGCAGCAGCGAAGGAAGCUCUUCAGUACAGAUAUCGCAGCUCCAAGAUAAGUUGAUCAGCUAGUCUACCGCCAAUAUGUGGAAUCAAGUCGUUCUUGCGGCUCUUAUCCCGGCUAUGAUGGCCAAGCCCAUCGCGCCACGAGGCGAAAUGACUGGUGUGCAAGAGUCUCAUGAUUCCCCGGUCUUUGAUUCUGCCGUACUUCGCAAUAACACAUUGAUGGCAAUCGCCAAGGCCGUGGAGCUCGAGAACUCCGAUUCGGCCGUGGAGGAGACAUCACAGAACAAUCAAAUGACCCAAGCCGAGCGUCGACAGAUUAGUCCCAGCCAGAUCUCUGACCUUUCGAGCCGUGCCGCCUCUACCAUCUUCAACGGGGCUUCCGCAGGCGUCAUGUCGUGGGCGACUAGCGUUGGUAAUGCUAUGUCCACCAAUCACCCUCUUGUGCCGCGCGCUAAGAAAGGGAGCAAACCGAAAGCGACCCCAACCCCUACUCGUACUACUUCAGCUUCUGGUACUGCUACCGCUUCAAAUUCUACCCAGGCCACUGCAUCUCAGAACUGUAACUGUAUUAGUGCCUGUGCCAGCGAGGACGGAAAGGCUACUCAGAUGGGGUGCAUGAAGAAAUGCUCAAAAGAUUGCGAUGGCGACGAUGACAAGGAAAAGAAUAGCGAUCUUCUCAAGUCUCUCUUAGGAAGUCUUGGUGGGAGGAGCAUCCCGGCGCCACCUCCCAUGCUUCCCCAUCGCAAGUUCACCCGCCCACGUCCAGCCAAGACCGUGCAUGAAGCUGCCGGUGCCGAGUUCGAGGACUUCGAAGCUUGCAUGAACAACUGCAAGACUCACAACUGCCAGCACUCUGAAGUCGGAAUCUCUAUCUCGCAGUGUGGCGACACCUCAUGCGAAGAUGCAUGCGCCAAGUUCAAGUCGUCCAAGUCUAGGUACAGCAAGAGCAUUCAGAAGAAGCAUGUUCGCCCUGUUGCCGACCGUGUGAAGGCUGACACGCCGCUCCCCAAGCCAAAGAAGCCUGUAGCUGCUGCUCAACACAACGAAGCCUUCGAGAAAUGCAUAAAGAAAUGUCAGAGCCACAACUGUCAACACUCCGAAGUUGGAAUCUCUAUUUCUCAAUGUGGUGAUACCUCGUGUAUGGAGUCGUGCGCCAAGUACAAGGAAGGACAGUCUAUGGUCAUCACUAGACAGGCUAGACACCCUGGAAAGACUGGCGACGUACCUGACGUGCCUGAUGUUCCCGCUGUCCCUACUGUCCCUGAUGUUCCUGAAGUACCUCCUACACCUGAAGUCCCUGAGGUCCCGGCCGUUCCCGCCGUCGCUGAAGUCCCCGAAGUCAAAGGCGGGCCCAUGAAGGCUGCUGCCCCUGCCUCUACCCCUGCUCCCGCCCCCGCUACCCCCGGCUCGCCCAAGCACCGCGGUCCAUCCACCGGCCACAAAGACACCCCCGUCAAAGGCGUAGCCCAAGAAGGCGAGUACGAAGCCUGCCUCAAGGAAUGCAAAACGCACAACUGCCAAAAAUCCGGCGUCGGCAUCGACAUCGAGCAGUGCGGCGACACCUCCUGCGUCGACGCCUGCGCGUCUUUCAAAGAGUCCGUCCACGCCGGCGUCAGCGCGCACAAAGUCAAAGUCCCCUCUGCCCCCGGCCGUCUAGAAGACCAUCCCGGCCCCGACCCCCCGGUCGUCAAGACGGUGCCUGAGGCCAGCGCGCACGAGAGCAAGGAGUUCCAGGACUGUGUGAAGCAGUGCAAGACGCAUAACUGCCAGAAGGCGGAUAUUGGGCUCGAGGUCUCGCAGUGUGGGGACACGUCGUGUUCUGAGUCGUGUGCCCAUCUCAAGGAGGGUAAGGCGGCGCAUAUUGCUGGUGAGCCGAGGGCUAUGGAUACUACCGCUGCGGGGAUGGAGAUGGAUAUGGAUGUGGAGAUGACGACUGCGGCGGCGCCUGCAUUUACGCCUAUGCCGGUUUCUGCUUAGGUUUAGGGGUAUUAGUUGGGUUUUACUUCUUUUGUAUUUGGUCUGUUUAUUACCGUUGGACAAGAAUCAAAAAAUUAACAUGAAAUGGAGGAUUGGUCGACGGAAAUGCUUUUUACAAUGGCAGGACAUAAUGGGGCUUCAAUCUCCAGUGUGUUCUCAUGACCGGAUGACUCCGAUGGAUUAGGUUACGAAUUGUUGCGAAAUUUUCUAUUCUAUAUCUUAUAAGACUUCAUUCAAUUUG